AUGGGUGACAAAAAUACCCUGUUGGCUGUGUUACAAUAUCUGGAGAAACACAAUUUGAAGGGAACCUCUGAUCUUCUCCGCAAGGAAGCAAAUCUUGGAGAAGAAACUUCAAGUUUACAAUGUCCUCAGUCCGAUUCCGAUGUAAGCAGCAUGCUUGCUGCUUACAAGAGUGAGGGAGACCCUGAAAAGUAUGAGGAAGCAUAUGCAGACUUGAAACGUUUUGUUGAGGGUGCGCUUGACAUCUACAAGUAUGAGCUUGGCAUGAUUCUUUAUCCAGUACUUGUGCACAUGUACCUAGAACUUUUGUUCAAUGACCAUGAGGAUCAAGCAAAACGCCUUAUGGAAAAAUUUGGACCUGACCAGGAGGAGUACUUUCAAGAAGACUUAAAAAAGCUUUCGCAUGUAUGCAAAAAAGAUCAUUUAAAAGGCAAUGAACUGACUGAUACCUUCAAAUCAAAUGAAUUUAUUAUUCGCAUGUCUCGUGACACACUUAGUAUUCUCAAACGACACCUAUCGGAGAAAAAACAUAGUGUAGUGCAAAACAUUAUCCAAGAGCAUUUGUAUUUGGACAUGUAUGAAGGUGUAGCUCGUAACAAACAACAAAUUGAUGCAACCUCAGGUGCAAUGAUUGGAGAGGCAUCUAGGGCAGAUAACAAAGCAAGAGUCUACUAUGGCCUUCUGAAAGAACCUGAUGUAUCAAAUGCUGCCAUUGAGGAAGAAGAAGAUGAUGAAGAGGGUGGAGACAAACCUAAGAAGAAGAAAUCUAAGAAAGACCACCUUUAUCCCAAAAAAUCUAAAUCUGAUCCCAAUGCUCCUCCUGUUGAUCGCAUGCCACUUCCAGAAUUAAAAGAGGCAGAGCUAAGAGAAAAGGCCAAAGCUCUAAGGGAUGGUUCAAAGAGAGUUAAUUUGGGUCCUGAUACCCUACCAUCAAUAUGUUGCUACACUCUUUUGAAUGCAAACCAUAGUGUGACCUGUGCAGAAAUAUCUGAAGACUCAAGUUUAUUAGCUGUUGGUUUUAAUGAUUCUUUCAUUAAAGUUUGGAGCCUCGUUCCUCAAAAACUUAGGAGCAUGAAGUCAGCUGAUCAGUUGCAAGAUAUUGAUCGUGAAGCAGAUGACGUUCUGGCGCGUAUGAUGGACGACCGAUCAUCAGAAGCUUGUCGAACGCUCUUAGGGCACAGUGGUCCAGUUUAUCGUGUAGCGUUCAGUCCCGAUCGACAGCUUUUGCUGUCUUGCUCCGAAGACUCCUCAAUUCGCUUAUGGUCUUUGCUCACAUGGUCCUGUGUUGUUUGCUAUAAGGGUCAUACCUACCCAGUUUGGGAUGUUAGGUUUGCCCAGCACGGUUACUAUUUUGCCACUGGUGGUCAUGAUAAAACAGCUCGUUUGUGGGCCACAGACCAACAUCAGCCUUUGAGGAUAUUUGCUGGACAUUAUUCAGAUGUUGAUUGCGUACAAUUUCAUCCCAAUUCCAAUUACCUGGCCUCAGGCUCCAGUGACCGAACUGUUCGGUUGUGGGACUGUGUUACUGGCUGCCAGGUUCGGCUGAUGACUGGACACAAGGGACAUGUUUUAUGCCUUUGCUUUUCUGUGGAGGGUCGUUUCCUAGCAUCUGCAGGAGCUGACUCAAGAAUAUUGUUGUGGGACCUUGCUCACGGUCACCUACUAGCAGAACUGUGUAGCCACACAGCUUCAAUAUUAUCUCUUGCUUUCAGCCGGGAAGGAAGCAUUUUAGUGUCAGGUUCUACAGAUUGCACGGUCAAAGUUUGGGACUUCACUAAAUUAGCAGAGACAAUGGCACUCGAAGAUGUCAAUAUAUCUCACAAUCCUGAUAUAAAGAAAGACAGUGAUACUUUCCUUCUACGGUCCUAUGCCACUAAGAAUUCUCCCAUUCUUAAUCUACAUUUUACUCGUCGCAAUCUUCUUCUAGCUGUUGGAUUGUUUGACUCUCAAAGUUAGCUAUGAAUUAUUAAGUUUUUUUGCCCUUGCAUGGAAAUGUUUAUUUAUAAGCAUUCAAUCAACUUAGUAAAAAAGUGUAGUCAGUCUGCACAAGAUUUAUUAUAUUAUUGAUUUUUAAAAAAUCGAGCUACCUUAUGUGUGUAUUUGUGUGAGUAUGAGUGUAUAUAGGGGGCAGAUGAGUAAAAUUCCUUUCAAUAAAGGUAAAUUUCAAAUA